AUGGAAUACUCGUUUGCCACUUUCAAGAUUCUCACAACUUUUCUCGUUGCCCCCUCUCGCCCCCUUCCCCCACACCAGCUGCGCUCCCUGGCGCUGCCCUUCACAGUGAUGGAGUGGGCGCUGCCGCCCGUGCAGAGCCCCACCACGCUCGACCCACACUCCGCCACACAGCGCCACAUGCACGUCCUCCACACUCACACCAUUGUCCCCCUCCCCCCCAUCCGCCCACCAGACGACGACUUCCCGGCGUCGCCAACAUCAGCGGCGCUGCUGGCCGCCACGCCGCGCUCCGCGUCGGACCCCAUCGAGUCCUUCGCCUUCGCCCUCGUCAACGGCUCGCUCGGCGUCUUUGAGCUGCGAGGGAAGCGCGUCCGUGACUUCCGGCCCAAGUGGCCGUCAGCAUCGUUCGUGGCGGUGGACGUGCUGGUCACAGCCAUGGCGUACCGCACCCCCGUCGUCGUGAGUACCACCAGCACAGCACAGCACAGCACAGCACAUGAUGCCAUCACUCAGUCGGCACGCUGCAAUGCAAUGCACCACCCUAUGUGCACAAAUGGGGCUUGUGCCACCUUCGCCUCUCAUUCCUUUCCCCCUCCCACCCUCUCCCCACCUUCCCACCUCUCCCAACCUUCCCCUCCCACCCUCUCUCCCCAUCUCCCCCCCCCAACCUUCCCCUCCCACCCUCUCUCCCCAUCUCCCCCCCCCAACCUUCCCCUCCCACCCUCUCUCCCCAUCUCCCCCCCCCAACCUUCCCCUCCCACCCUCUCUCCCCAUCUCCCCCCCCCCAACCUUCCCCUCCCACCCUCUCUCCCCAUCUCCCCCCCCAACCUUCCCCUCCCACCCUCUCUCCCCAUCUCCCCCCCCCAACCUCUCCCCGCACCUUCCCCCCCCACCUCCCCCCACGGUGGGCGGCAGGCGCUGGGGGACAAGGCGGGGGUGCUGCGGUGGUGGGACGUGGCGUCGGGGGCAGCAGGCACACACGCACUCAACCGAGGGGCCAUCCGACGGCUCAGAUUCGCCCCCACGCUCGUGAGCUCGAGCAGCUGCGGUCGGAUCGCCGUCAUGUUCAACGACUACACCUUCGCCCUCUUUGACCUGGACGAGGGAGAGUUUGUACCGGGGGCGAUGCCGUCGGAGGCAGCAGCAGCACUGCAGGUGCUGGAGAUGGACUGGCUGCCGCUGCAGGGCCCUUCGCCCACAGGGCCCUCUGCCGCCCGCCAGCUGCUGUGCGUGGCGGCUGCUGACGGCACCGUGCGCCUGCUCGACAUGGCCACCAACGCGCCGUUGAAGCAGCCGUUCUACCGCCCGCCCGCCUCGCGCCUGGCGGUGUGGUACCGCUUCCGCCCCUCGCCGCUCUGCUCCGUCGCCCUCAUGCCCGCGCCCUGCGCUCUGGCGUUGCGCCUGCUGCUGCAGAUGGGCAUGCAGCCCGCAUGGCUGGAGGCACCACUGCCCGCGGGCGCCCAGGGGGAUGGGGGCGAGCUGGGCGAGGGGCAGGGCGAGGGGGACGAGGCGGCGGGCAAGGAGGGCAGGGCACGGGGCGAUCUGCUGGCGUACGUGCUGCACCGCGGGCAGCUGGCGGGUGGGGUGGGCGACCCCGCCAUGGCGGAGGUGCUGCUCAAGGGGCUGCAGCCCAUGCGCAUGGCAGGGCAGCUGAUGGGGGUGGAGGCGGCGAGGGCGUACAGCAAGGUGUGGGGGGGCGGGGUGGCGGCGCGCUGUGCGUGUGUGGCGGCGCACUACGGGGACAUUCAAGAGGCGCACUUCUGGCUGCUGCUGCCGCAUGCCCUGCGCCUCCUCGCCCAGGGUUCAGCAGGACCACACGCCUUCUGGCCGCCCGACACUGCCGCUGACGCCACCACCGCCACCACCGCCGACGCUGGUAGUGGUGGUAGCGGUGCUGGUGGCACAGCAGGCCCGAGUGGUGACGAGGCGGAGAGAGAGGCAGGGGGGAGAGGAGAGGGGGACCAAAGGCAAGACAGCGCAGAGAGUGGGAGGGCUGCUGCAGAAGAAGAAGGAGAAGGGAAGCAGCAGCAGCAGCGGCAGGAGCAGCAGUGGAAGAGAGGCCUCGCCCUUGAUGCAGCAGCAGGGGCGGGCGGGAAGGGGUACGGGGAGGAGGCGGUGGGGGAGGAGGUGGAGGUGUGGGGGGACGAGAUGGGCGUGCGGCGCAUGGCACUGGAGCGCAUCCACUGGCACAGCCAGGUCACCGGCGCUGAUGCUGCCAGCAAGCGCGUGCACGAGUUCAUCAUGGUGGGCGAUCUGGAGGCGGCGGUGACGCUGCUGCUGGCCACGCCGUUCGACUCGCCCGCCUUCCACCGCGACGCCCUUCGUGCCGUGGCACUCGCCACUGCUGUUUCGCCCUCCAUGCACCACCUGGCUGCCAAGGCAAGCUGCCCUCCAUGCACCACCUGGCUGCCAAGGCAAGCUGCCCUCCAUGCACCACCUGGCUGCCAAGGCAAGUUGCCCUCCAUGCACCACCUGGCUGCCAAGGCAAGCUGCCCUCCAUGCACCACCUGGCUGCCAAGGCAAGCUGCCCUCCAUGCACCACCUGGCUGCCAAGGCAAGCUGCCCUCCAUGCACCACCUGGCUGCCAAGGCAAGCUGCCCUCCAUGCACCACCUGGCUGCCAAGGCAAGUUGCCCUCCAUGCACCACCUGGCUGCCAAGGCAAGCUGCCCUCCAUGCACCACCUGGCUGCCAAGGCAAGCUGCCCUCCAUGCACCACCUGGCUGCCAAGGCAAGCUGCCCUCCAUGCACCACCUGGCUGCCAAGGCAAGCUGCCCUCCAUGCACCACCUGGCUGCCAAGGCAAGCUGCUCUCCAUGCACCACCUGGCUGCCAAGGCAAGCUGCCCUUGCUGCGCAUGACUGUGAUCUCACCCCAUUAGCUCUACCCUCUCAUUUUUCUCACUUCUCAUUCCCCUCUCUCCUCUCAUUCCCCUCUCUCCUCUCAGUUCCCUCUCUCCCCAUUAUCUCUACCCUCUCAUUUUUCUCACUUCUCAUUCCCCUCUCUCCUCUCAUUCCCCUCUCUCCUCUCAUUUCCCUCUCUCCUCUCAUUUCCCUCUCUCCUCGCAUUCCCCUCUCUCCCCUCAUUUCCCUCUCUCCUCUCAUUCCCCUCUUUCCUCUCAUUCCCCUCUCUCCUCUCAUUUCCCUCUCUCCUCUCAUUUCCCUCUCUCCUCUCAUUCCCCUCUACUUCCUCCACCUUCCCUCCACGGCGACGGGGGGCACUGUUGGGAUGGGGUGCACGGGUGGCAUGGGGGUGGUGGCGACCAACAUGGUGCUGGCGGGGGAGCCGCUCACAGCCGUGCACCUGCUCUGCUCCAUCGCCCAGUAUGCCGACGCCUGCACGCAGCUGCAAGCCAUUGGUCGAUGGGUUGAUGCAUCAACACUCGCAGCUUGCCACCUGUCAGGCGCUGAUAGGGCCAAGGUGCUGCAUCGAUGGGCGCAGCACACCCUUAAAAACGAGCAUGACCUGUGGCGUGCGGUGACGCUGUUUGUGGCAGCGGGCAGUCUGACAGCAGCGCUGAGGGCGCUGAGGGAGGCCCACCAGCCCGACACGGCCAUGAUGCUGCUGCUCGCCUGCCACCACGCCCACGCCCAUCUCACACCACCGCCCCGCCGCCUCACUGCCACCACCACCGCACCUGUGGCGAUCGGGCGGCACCUUCCGGCCAUACCUGCUGGAGAGGCGGAUGUGGGCGGGAAGCAGGGCGUGGGAGGUGAAGAUGGGAGGGAGGGAGGAGAGGGGGAGGGAGGACGGGAGGUACGGGGGGGACGGGAGGUACGGGGGGGACGGGAGGGAGGGGAGGGAGGGGAGGGAUGGAAGGGGGAGGAGGGAGAGGAAGGAGUGGAUGGGCCGCUGUGGCUACCGGGUGAUUUGAGGACGCACGGGGAGGAGGAGGUGCAGGUGGUGUGUGGGCUCUUCUCUCAGCACCAGCGCUGGCUCGCUCACCUCUGUGCUCCACAUGGCUCCGACUGA